GGGGUUGUCGUAUAACUAGAUACAACUGGUUUGAACAUUAUCCAAUUAUGUAGUCUUUACAUUUCCUUAUAAAUACAUCAGACAUUGGUUCAUUUACUCAUACGUUUCAAUAGUACUGUAGUUAGUUUCUAUAAAUAUUGUUUUGAUAAAAUGAUUUGGAAAAUUUUCAUUUUAUGUUUGACAUUUCAGCUUCAAAAAAGUUCAACUCAGGAUUUAAGUAACUGGUCAGAAUGGGGAAAAUGCUCCUCUACUUGUCAACUGGAUAUGAUACCAAAAGAAACUAGGACACGCAGUUGUUCACCCGAUUCUUUAAAUGAUUGUAACGAUGAACCAUUGAUUGAAUAUCGUAAUUGUAAGGAAAGCGUUCCUUGUCCAGGACAUUUAAGUGUUUGGACAAAUUGGGGACCAUGUUCUGCUACUUGUCAAGAGCGUGGCUCUGAACCAUUCCAAAAACAAACCCGCACCUGUACAGACACUUCUUUUGGCGGCAAUUGUGGUGGAGCUGUCUUAUCGGUUCUGCAAUUUUGCAAUACUGCUGUUCCUUGUCCAGGUACUUUAAGUGAAUGGAAGGAAUGGGGAAAAUGUUCUUGUCAACUGGGUGAAACUAAACCAUCGCAACAAAGACGACGCACCUGUAAAGGCGCUUCUUAUGGUGGUGAUUGUAACAAACAACUGUUAAAGGAAGUUCGAGUUUGUAAAGAUUUGGCUUCUUGUCCAAAAGUAUAAAGUGAGGGUCACGAGAAACGAAAUUGUCACUUUCGACGUUAAACAAUAUGAUAGUAAAUGAAAAUAUAAAGUUUAGCAAGAA